GGAGCUGGCGCAGGACGCGUGCAUGUCCUUCAUAGCUAUGAUGAAGUACAUGGGCGACUAUCCUUCUAAACGGACCCGCUCUGUGAACGAGCUCACAGACCAGAUCUUUGAGGGAGCGCUGAAGGCAGAACCACUGAAAGAUGAGAUCUUCUGUCAGAUCCUCAAGCAGCUCACUGACAACCACGUCAAGUACAGUGAGGAGAAGGGCUGGGAGCUCCUGUGGUUGGGUACAGGUCUGUUUCCUCCCAGUAACGUGCUGCUGCCUCACGUCCAGCGCUUCCUCCAAUCUAAGAAGCACCACCCCCUCGCUGGGGACUGCAUGCAGAGGCUGCAGAAGGCCCUGCGUAACGGAUCCAGGAAGUACCCUCCCCAUCUGGUGGAGGUGGAGGCCAUCCAACACAAGACCACACAGAUCUUCCACAAAGUUUACUUCCCUGAUGACACAGACGAGGCAUUCGAGGUAGAGUCCAGCACCAAGGCCAAGGACUUCUGUCUGAACAUCUCUGGUCGUCUGCUGCUCAAAUCCCCAGAGGGCUUCAGUCUGUUCGUCAAGAUCUCUGACAAGGUGAUCAGUGUUCCCGAGGGAGACUUCUUCUUUGACUUUGUCCGACACCUCACCGACUGGAUCAAGAAGGCGCGGCCUGCUAAAGAUGGUAUAGUGCCUUCACUCACAUACCAGGUGUUCUUCAUGAAGAAGCUGUGGACCAACACAGUACCAGGGAAGGACUCCUUCGCAGACUCCAUCUUUCACUACUACCAGGAGCUGCCUAAGUAUCUCCGUGGUUACCACAAGUGUUCUCGUGAAGAGGUGUUCCAACUUGGAGCGCUCAUCUACCGCGUCAAGUUCGAGGACGACAAGUCCCACUUCCCUACCAUUCCCAAGAUGCUCCGUGAGCUGGUUCCGCAAGAUCUGAUUCGCCAGCUGUCUCCCGAUGACUGGAAACGAUCGGUGGUGGCAUAUUUUAACAAGCAGGCAGGCAAGUCCAGAGAAGAAGCUAAACUAGUUUUCCUCAAAAUAAUCUUCAAAUGGCCAACAUUUGGAUCUGCCUUUUUUGAAGUGAAGCAAACCACUGAGCCCAAUUUCCCAGAGAUCCUCCUGAUCUCCAUCAACAAGCACGGUGUCAGCCUCAUAGACCCCAAGACCAAGGAUAUCCUGACCACCCACCCGUUCACCAAGAUCUCCAACUGGAGCAGUGGGAACACUUACUUCCACAUCACCAUCGGCAACCUGGUGCGCGGCAGCAAGCUGCUGUGUGAGACCUCGCUGGGCUACAAGAUGGACGACCUACUGACCUCCUACAUUAGCCAGAUGCUGACCACCAUGAGCAAGCAGCGCACUGGGAGGGGCCAAAGCAAGUGAACUUCUUAUUGGCAGGAGGCAGCGGAGCUCAUUCGCUUGCUGCGUCCCAUUGGCCAGCCCUGCAGCUGGGGGCGGACCUUCGGACACCAGCUGUGGCGGAUGAGCCGCAGUCCUUCUACUAGCUCCGAUGGGUCUGAGUACCCCAGCGAGAACCCUAGCAACGACCCCGACGACGACCCCUCCAGUGAGGACGACUACCUCUAAGCUUUGCCCCCCUGUCCACGAUAGACCCUGUGAUGCUGUCAAUUCUACUCUGAUACAUCCGCACUCACUCAAACACACGGGCGCAUACACAGUUGGUGCGAGGCUGAAAUGGGUGUUUUGUUUUCGAAUAACUAAUUAAGACCGAGCAUGUGACCUAUACUGUCACCAUGGAGAUACUGUCAUUGUCAUGGUGGACCCUUAAUCAUUAUGUUGAAAUAACAGACUGGGUUAUUUAAUUUGCCACGUUAGUUAGCAUACGAAACACAAAAUAACCUUACUGUGAGAGUAUGAGACCUGUAAAAAGCUUUAAUAUAUUUGUUUGUAAAGGUAAAUAUAUGCUGAUAUGACAUGCUCUUAGGUAAAUAGAUUUACAAUACAUGUGAUUUUUUUUUUAAGCCUUAAAAAUUGGCCUAUAAAAGCCAUCUUUGUCAUUUUUGUGUUUUACUUUUGGCCUCAGUUAUUUUUUAUGCAGUGGCAAAAGUGUAUCCUUUUAAGCCUUUUCAAUGCCAGGAUCAAUGGUGUGAAGAACUACAUUUCCCAGAAGCCUUCACUUGACGUGAUCAAUGGUUUUAACAAAUACAGAUGAUAUUGUUACUGUAGUUCUUACUAAUACAGACAUUUUUGAUGUUUUUCUUAUAUCCAGCAAUGGCCUUUACUAUACUAAUUUAACUCCCCAGUAAAGAUGGAUGUACAAGAGUUGAGACCCUAAAAGCACACAUUAAUUAUCUCAUUACCCUCAAGCUGUUUGCUGAUUUCCUAGUCAACGUAGAAGUAAAAAUUGUAUUGUGUAGAAUUAAGAUAUUAGAAUGUUUCUUUUUUUUUUACAUGUUUUAUAUUUGUUUGUGUCCUGUAAAUCUUUGGUGUGGGUGACUGUAAGGUGUAAGUAGACACUAUCAAGGUAGCGUAAGCCCUGUUUAUCAUACACCCCUUCCAAACUGUAGGAAGUAGUUUACACAGUUGGAUUUAGGUCUGGCAAGAGUCUAACAGGGUUUUAUACACGAGAUUCCAACCUAAUGCAUUAACAGAGUAGCACAACUUUGUUUGUAAUAAAUGUCUAUGACAUCAUCUCCUGCCGAUGACAUCUGUGUUGUCCAGUUCUGACUGGUGCCAGUUUGUAGUGUUACUGGGCAUCCAUUUUCUUCAUAAUAUGUAUGAUUGCAUCAUUAAUUUGAGUAUAUUAACCCCUUGUAUCGCUAACAGUUGUAAGCUAUAGUUGUCAACAUGUAAACAAUUGAAACCCCCCCCCACACAUAAUUUACAUCUUGGUUUCAGUAAAGGUUCUGAAGUUCACUGGUUUUUAUUAAACUACUUCCUCUGUGGUUUAAAGUUUGCAAAUGUUCAUGGCAUGUCUCUAUGUAGAAACCUUGACUCCAUCCAUAAAAAGCAACUUUAA